GACACAAGAGUGUGACUGACUAACCAAGUUUGACUAUUCUAUUGUAGAAGUUGUGGGUAGGCCUGCGGUUAUUUGUUGUGAGUCUUCUACGUUUCUUUUCAAUUAUUGAACUAAAAUGUCUACAAUUGCUACUCCUUUAUCGGUUGCCGGAUUUCGUUCAUCAGGUACCCCUGUCAGAACUCAGAAUGUUAUGGCAGCAAGUUCAAUUGCCAAUAUUGUGAAGAGUUCCUUGGGGCCUGUUGGACUUGACAAAAUGCUUGUUGAUGAUAUUGGUGACGUGACGGUGACGAACGAUGGAGCCACCAUUCUGCGGUUGUUGGAAGUAGAACACCCGGCAGCACGAGUGUUAGUGGAGCUGGCACAAUUGCAAGAUGAAGAAGUUGGAGAUGGAACUACAUCUGUUGUCAUUGUUGCUGCUGAGCUGCUGAAGAAUGCUGAUGAGCUUGUUAAGCAGAAGAUUCACCCCACCUCAAUCAUCAGUGGUUACAGGCUGGCAUGCAAGGAAGCCUGCAAAUACAUCCAGGAACAUUUAACAGUUAAUGUUGAUGAAUUGGGACGAGACUGUCUUGUAAAUGUUGCAAAGACUUCCAUGUCCAGCAAAGUCAUUGGGUCUGACGAUGAGUUUUUCUCAAACAUGGUGGUGGACGCAGCUCAGGCAGUGAAGAUCACAGACAGUAAAGGCCAAGCCCAGUACCCGGUGAAGGCUGUGAACGUACUCAAGGCACAUGGACGAUCGGUACGGGAGAGCAUGUUGGUGCAAGGCUAUGCUCUAAAUUGUACAGUCGCAUCUCAGGCAAUGCCAAAGAAAAUCACAAAUGCCAAAAUAGCGUGUUUGGAUUUCAGUUUACAGAAGGCUAAAAUGAAGCUUGGUGUGCAGGUGUUGGUCACUGACCCAGAGAAGUUGGAUGCCAUCCGUCAGAGAGAGUCAGAUAUUACUAAGGAAAGAAUACAGAAGAUACUGGCUGUCGGUACAAACGUGGUACUGUGUACGGGUGGCAUAGAUGACCUCUGUCUCAAGUACUUUGUGGAAGCAGGUGCCAUGGCAGUGAGGCGUGUAAAGAAAGCUGAUCUCAAGAGAAUAGCGAAGGCAACUGGAGCUUCUUACCUCACCUCACUAACCAACAUGGAAGGCGAGGAAAGUUUUGAGGCCAGUAACGUUGGCGAAGCAGCUGAAGUCGUCCAGGAAUCUGUCUGCGAUGAUGAACUGAUCCUUAUAAAGGGGCCCAAGGCUCGUACGGCCAGCUCCAUCAUCCUACGAGGACCAAAUGACUUCUACUGCGAUGAGAUGGAACGGUCUAUCCACGACGCGCUCUGUGUCGUCAAGCGAGUGCUGGAGUCCAAGUCUGUGGUUGCCGGUGGUGGUGCGGUGGAGGCAGCAUUAUCCAUAUACUUGGAGAACUUUGCCACGUCAUUGAGCUCCAGAGAACAGCUGGCUAUUGCAGAGUUUGCACGCUCACUACUCGUCAUCCCCAAGACCUUGGCUGUGAAUGCAGCACAGGAUGCCACGGAUCUGGUUGCCAAACUGAGAGCCUACCACAACUCCAGCCAGACCAAGAAAGACCAUGCCGAUCUCAAAUGGGUGGGACUGGAUCUGACUGAGGGUGUGGUGAGAGACAACCGCAAAGCGGGAGUGUUGGAGCCCGCCAUGUCCAAGAUCAAGUCUCUCAAGUUCGCAACUGAAGCUGCUAUCACCAUUCUGCGCAUCGAUGACAUGAUCAAGCUUGACCCUGAGCGCAAAGACGAUCCUUCUUACAGACAAGCUUAUGAAUCAGGACAACUUGAUUAAAAAAACUGAUCGUGCUUGCAAAUUUUUUAUUUAUAAUAUUAUAAUCCGUUACGAAUGUUAACACGCGAAAAGUAUUAAUUUGAUAACUAUUUACUUCUUGCACAUACUUAAUUGCUAAUAAAUAUUUACUUAACAAAGUA